AUGAGCCCUAAUUUGGCAAAACGUGGACCACCAAAUGUAAUUUACCAUUGCUGUCAUAACGGGUGGAUAACUGAAGAGUUAUUUGUCAUCUUGUUACACCAUUUUAUUUUCCAUGCUAAGCCAACUAAAGAGCAGCCUGUGCUUCCCGUAACGGACAACCACAAAACACACACUUCCUUAACAGCGUACAAUGUUUGCAAGGAGAACGGAAUAAUUGUGGUGACACUACCGCCACACACGUCACAUCACCUUCAGCCAUUAGAUCUCACUUUAUUUAGCAGCCUGAAAGCAGCAUUUAACCAGGAAUGUGACAAUUUUCUUAGGUCACACCGUCAUGAGAAGAUAACACCUUACGAUAUCGCUGCUAUUUUUAACAAUGCUUAUGUUAAGGUUGCUAAUAUAGCAAAAGGUGUAACUGGUUUCGCAUCGGCUGGGAUAUUCCCUCUUGAUCCGGAAAAAUUCACAGAAGAAGAUUUUGCAGUGCGAUUAGAGGUUGAACAGAGAUUAAAUGUUAUAGAAGACAAAGAUGUUGCUGUUGGUGUAGCCUUGAGGGAUACUUCAAUCUCCGGAGUCGAGGAUAGCCCAACUACAGCCCGAAUGGAUACGGAUAUAAACAAAGACCUAACUCCAGAUCACAUAGAUGUCGGAUCUCUGCAGAAUUCACCUACCAUGCCUUGUUCGGAUGCUGGUGCUCAACCUCAAUCAAAAGUAGUAUCUUUUAAAUCUCUUUGUCCCACGCCUCAGUCUAAAAUAGCGCAGAUAACUUCAAGAUAA